AUGUAUGUAGACCAUUUUGGGAAUAGUAACAUACAGGAAUGGUUGGAUGAACACAAAGACGAGUUUGUUGGUAACGUUGAGGAAGAAGUACUUGAUGGUGCAGGACUGGUUAAGGAAGUUGCACCAGGGCAUCGGGAUGUGGGUGACACAAACGAUGAGGAAGACAAUGGCGACGAUGAUGACGACGAGGAUGAGGAUGUCGAUAGCGAUGAGGAUGACCAUCAGAAGCCUCAUUUUUAUAUAAAGGGUAAUGAGAGUCCUAAGGAAAAGAUGGGCGAGAAAGCAGGUGCAGGUGAGUUUUUCGAAGAAGACAUGGGUGACAAUGAAGAUGUUUAUCCCGAAUUGCCAAACAUUUUCAAUGAUAAGCUCAAUUGGAAGGAGCAGGAACCUGUUUUAGGUAUGAGGCAUUGGCAUGUCAUUUCUUGUGGGGGGAUGAAGUUUGAGGCAAGGAAAAUGGACGAGGCGUUUACUGUGGAUGUUGAAAAAAAGGAAUGCAGCUGCAGGCUAUGGCAACUUAAUGGAUAUGGCUACGUACACUCAGUUGCCACCUUAGCCUACUUAAAUUUGACACCUGAUGGUCCAUAUGUAGAUCCAAUGUACUUGGCUGCAUUAUACCAUAAUACUUACAAACAACCAAUCCAUGGGAUGAAUGGAAAAAAUAUGUGGCCUUCUACUGACUUGAUACCCCCUUUGCCUCCAUUGAAAAGAAGUAUGCCAGGCAGGCCAACCAUAAAGAGAAGAAGAGAUGCUUCUGAACGGAUGGGUAAACAUACCGUCUCCAAGGUAGGGAAGAAAGUUUCUUGUAGCAUAUGCAAGGAGAAAGGACACAACAAGGCUACUUGUAGUAAAGGUGUAGGGACAUCCAAACAAAAUGGAACAAAGAAACAAAAAACUAUACCUAUGCAGGAGUCUGUAAACGUUGACACAGGAGUAGGGGAUGAUGAGGUAAUCGUAGAUGCUACUGAUGCUUUGGAUAGGCCUGGAGAUGAAGAGCGAAUGGUGGGAGUCAAUGGACGGGAUGAAGGGGUGAAUGUCAAUGCUCGAGUUAAGCAUGUUAAACCGCCUAAAAUGCGAAAGAAGUCAGAACGAAUCAUUAAACUGAAGCUUGCAAAAAAUGUGGGAGGUGAAGGUAGCAGUGUUGCAACGGCCAUGGAGUUGGAUUAA